GUGGGUGGGUGGUGGCUGUUGUUGCUUGGGGGUGCGGCCGCGAUGAGCGACAGGAGAGGGGUGCGCGCGGGACCCCCGCCGACGCCGCCCGCGUCCCUGGGGGGUCUCGUGGGGGGCGCCGCGCCCUGCCUCGCCAAGGUGGAGCUGCGCGUCUCUUGCCGCGCCCUGCCCGACCGGGACGCGCUCUCACGGCCCGACCCCUGCGCCGUGCUGCUCAUGCAGUCCUUCGGGCAGUGGAUGGAGGUGGACCGCACGGAGGUGAUGCGCAGCACGCUCAACCCCGUGUUCGCCAAGGUGUUCACGCUCGACUACUCAUUCGAGGAGGUGCAGCGCCUCCGCUUCGAGGUCUACGACGUCAGCUCGCGGCACGGCCCGCGAGACGAGGACCUCCUGGGGGCCACCGACACCACCCUGGGGCAGAUCGUGUCUCAGCGCAAGUUGAUCCGCGCCCUGCAGCUCAAGCAGAGGAAGUACGCAGUGAAGCCGACCAUCACGAUCAUCUCGGACGAGCUGACGAGCAACAACGACUACGUGACGCUCGCCUUCCACGCACUCAAACUGGACGACAAGGACUUCUUCAGCAAGUCGGACCCCUUCCUUGAGAUCUUCCGUCUCAACGACGACGGCACCCAACAGCUCGUGCACCGCACCGAGGUGAUUAUGGACAACCUGAACCCGGUAUGGAAACCCUUCAAGGUGUCCAUCCAGUCGCUAUGCUGCUGCGACUACGAGAGGCAGCUGAAGUGCAUGGUGUGGGACUGGGACUCGAGCGGGAAGCACGACUUUAUCGGAGAGUUCUACACCACCUUCCACGAGACCCUCGCGGCCCAGGAUGACACUCACGUGCAGUGGCCAUGCAUCAACCCCAAGUACAAGGCCAAGAAGCGGCGGUACAAAAACUCGGGAACAGUCAUUCUGGCGCAGUGCAGGAUAAUCAAGAUUUACUCCUUCCUCGAGUACAUUAUGGGAGGCUGCCAGAUCCAGUUUGCGGUGGCGAUCGACUUCACGGCGUCAAACGGGGACCCCCAGAACAGCUGCUCCCUGCACCACAUCCACCCCUACCAGCCCAACGAGUACCUCAAGGCCCUGGUGGCGGUGGGCGAGAUCUGCCAGGACUACGACAGUGACAAGAUGUUCCCGGCAUUUGGAUUUGGGGCGAGGAUUCCUCCGGAGUACGUGGUGUCACACGACUUCCCCUUGAACUUCAACCCUGAUAACCCGGAGUGCGAAGGCAUCCAGGGCGUGGUGGAGGCCUACCAGAACUGCCUCCCGAAGCUGCAGCUCUACGGACCGACCAACAUCGCGCCCAUCAUCGGCAAGGUGGCGCGCUGGGCCCUGGAGGAGCAGGUGACGGGCGAAGCGACGCAAUUCUUCAUCCUGCUCAUCCUGACGGACGGCGUGGUCACCGACAUGGGCGACACGCGCGAGGCCAUCGUGCGCGCCUCCCACCUGCCCAUGUCCAUCGUCAUCGUGGGCGUGGGCAACGCCGACUUUGGCGACAUGCACGCGCUGGACGGCGACGACGGCGUGCUCAGGGCCCCCCGCGGGGAGCCAGCGGCGCGAGACAUCGUCCAGUUCGUGCCCUUCCGUGACUUCAAGAACGCAUCGCCGGACGCGCUCGCCCGCUGCGUCCUCGCCGAGGUGCCCAAGCAGGUGGUGGAGUACUACAGCACGCGGGGCAUCGUGCCCAGGGCGGAACCCGAACAGACGCAGCCGCCCCCUCAACCCCCGUAGCGCACCGCCGCCACCACCACCCACCACCACCCAUCACCACCACCCACAAUUAACUCCCCCCCUCCCAUCACCACCAC